AUGAAGGUAAUGCAACUAAUAUCACAUUAACUCGCUAUUAACUCAUAUAAGGAUAUCCAUCUUCGUUUGAAACUCUAUAAAAGAUAUUAGCAACACAAACUAAUUAUACCCUAAAAAGCAUAUCUGAUAUAUUCACCUCCAAUGAUAAUUGCUACUUGGCCAACUCCCCACUUACAACAAAUUUCACUUUUUACCUAGAAAUUUUAUGACUCUAACUAUAAUUAGCUAACUAACCCAAACUUUUUUGUUGAGAAACAAGGCUAGUAAAUCACAUUAAAAGAAGAUUCAGACUUGAAUUAAGCAACAUAUUACAUUAAAGUUUAAAUUUUCCUUACUGACAGAGAUUAGUAUAAUUUCUAUCACAUUACGGUUGAGGUUUCUUGUAUUAAAGCAGACAUAAAAGUAAAUAUAUCAGAGAUUUCACUUAAUCAUACGAUACUAGAAAGUCCUAAAAAAAUUGUGGUCUAUAAUUAUUUCAGCUCGAGUUAUCCCUCAAGAUGUGGAUACAAGCUUAAGCUUAAACAAAAUCCUUCUUAUCAGUUUAAUUCUGAAAUCGUAGAAUUUGAUCCAGUAACUGGAACAAUCAAAUAUCAUAGUACUAGGUUUUAUAUUCAAUCUUAUAAUGAUUUUAACGAGGAAAAAGCAUAUAUUUUAGUUACACUUGUUGUACUUUUACCCUAGGCUUAUCUAGAGAAGGUAAAUUCAGUUACAGAUUUAAACCUCAUAGACAAAAAAAUCUACACAGAUAUCGAGUCCACUUACACUUUACCAGAAAGGAUUUUCGAUAUCGAAGGAGUAAAUGUUCUAAUAGAAUAUAACGCAAUAAAAGACUUUACUUUGCUGAAUGGAAAUAUAUUUGAAAUGAACCCAAAGAAAAAGCAUGUUGGAACAUAUUAAAUAGGUAUUAAAUUCACUGAUUCAAAAGAUUCUGGAAUUACUCUGCUGAAGAAAUCUUUCAAAAUUGAAGUGGUUGAGACAAUAGAGGAAGUAGCUAUUUCUAAAUGCCCUUUAUAGAAUCAAGAAAGUUGUUUGCCUAUAAUAUCAAUGGUUUCAUAAGUAGGAAGACUUGAAAUUACUUUUCCUGUUAAUCUUAAGGUUUGGGACUCAUAGUAUUACCCAUAAAUUUCUUAGGCAAUGUAUCUUUAAUUAAUUAAAACUGAUCAAGCUCGUAAUGUGAGAAUUGUUAACUGGACUGUUUAAGAAUAUCAAAAGAAAAAGAUUACUCUAGAUUUGAAAUUUAAUCAACCUCUACUUAUAUCAACAUCUCUACAUAAUGAUUAUAUUUUGAAGGUAAAUCAAACAAUUCAAGAAAAGAUUCCACCUUAAAUGCUAAAUACCUAUGCUGAAUAAACAUUGAUAGCUGCAUUUAAGGUAUUUGACUCAACCUUAGUGAGUACAAUUGUUACUAAUCUGGCUCUGUCUGUAUUUUUGGGAGUUGCUCUAAAGCAAAUUUGGUAUUUCAAUGGAGAUCUUUAUAGUGAUCCGAAUUCAAAUAUCAUUGCUGGAGGAAGUAUCUAAGCGAUAAAUGAUAAUUAUGAAAAUUCUGUUGUUGGAUACUUUGAUGAAUUAGGUAAUAACAAAUGGAUGAGAUAAAUAAAUGGAAACGACAGAAAUAAUGCUGUGAGCUUCCUUUAAUUUUUAGGACAAGCAUACUCAUCAGUUUUUGUUCAAUUGACUAGACCUGGGUUAUAGUAUCUUGUUAUAAAUGUGACUGAUGGAUUGAUUUUAAAAUAAAUCUUGUACUAGCCUUCGAAUAGAGCAUAAGAAACUGUAAAUGUUUAUAUCGAUUCUAAUUCCAUAUUAUACUCUAGUGUUAUUGACUAUGAUUUAGUAUUUGGGAAUAUUUGGCUCUUUUCAAUUAAUCUAACUACAUCAGAAAUCAAGAUGACAAAAAAGCUUAGAGACUUAAUAUAUGACAAUUUCGAUUCUGGCUAGUAGCUUUUCGCAGGCAGUUGUAGUACAUGCAAGUACUUGAUAUACACUGGAUAUUAACAAGAAUAGUUUGAAUUCUACUACAUAGACAAAGAUUUUUUGAAGGAUCCUAUUUACUUUGGAUAGAACGAUUAUAUUUCAAGAGGAAAAUUAAUUUAAAUGCUUGAUGAUGAUAAUACAUUUUUUUCAUGCGAAGAAACUCCCUAAACAUUUAACGUGUUUUUUGGAAGGUAUAAUGUAUAAAUGGGGACAUCAGAUGUACUAUAAGCUAUAACAGAUGAUGUUACUGCAUGCUUGGAUUUAAAAAUUACUGCAAAUGAUACUGGAUAAUUUUUAUCUGUUCUCGUUAGAGAUGGAACUUAUUAAAACUCAGAAUUUAAAUAUAUUUUUUACAAGUUUGGAAAUACAGCUUAUCUCAUAAAAUUUUACAAAACUCAAGCCAGUGAAUAUUAAUCUUCCGCCAUAUUUUAAAAAUCAUCAUCUGCUAUGCUUUUUAUUGAGUAUUCAAAAACUGGAGUCAAUUGUAUAACGCUUUAAACGACUCAAACUAAUUAUACCCUAAAAAGCAUAUCUGAUAUAUUCACCUCCAAUGAUAAUUGCUACUUGUUCAACUCUCCAAAUAUUACAAGUAAUUUUACUUUUUACUUAGGUUAUGACAUUUGUGAAAUAAAACCUUCCUAUUCAGUAGAAUUUUAUGACUCUAACUAUAAUUAACUAACUAACCCAAACUUUUUUGUCCAGAAACUUGGCUAGAAAAUUACAUUAAUAGAAGGUUCAGAUAUGAAUUAAGCAACAUAUUACAUUAAAGUUAGUAGUUCACUUGCUGAUAGAGACUAGAAAAAUUUCUAUCACAUUAUGCUUGAGAUUUCCUAAAGCCCUAAAAAUAUUGAUGUCAAUCAGUUUUUCAGUUCAAGUUCUCCCUUAAGUUGUGGAUUCAAAUUAAGGCUUCAACAAAAUCCUUCAUAUCAGUUUGAUUCUGAAAUCAUCUAAUUUGAUCCAGUAGCUGGAACAAUCAAAUAUCAGAUUACACUUGCUGUACUUUUACCCUCGGUUUAUCUAGAGAAGGUAAAUUCAGUUACAGAUUUAAACCUCAUAGACAAAAAAAUAUACACAGAUAUUGAGACCAUAUAUACUUUGCCGGAAAGGAUUUUCAAUAUCGAUGGAGUUAAUGUUUUUAUUGAGGAUAAUUCAAUAAAAGACUUUGCUUUGCUGAAUGGAAAUAUUUUUUCGAUGAACCCAAAGUAAAAGCAUGUUGGAACAUAUUACAUUAGUAUUAAAUUCACUGAUUCUUAAGAUUCUGGAAUUACCCUACUAAAAAAAACUUUUAAAAUUGAAGUGGUUUGGUUAAAUAAGACAAUAGAAGAAGAAGCUAUUUCUAAAUGCCCUCUAUAAAAUUAAGAAAGUUGCUUACCUUGA